AUGGGCCUCUUGAGAGUAGCAAAUCAACUUGACAUCAUUUCAAUGGCUGAAACAACAAUGAUGCCUGAGGAAAUUGAGCUUGAGAUGGCAAAGAUCCAAAGACUUCGGGAAGUCUUAGUCAGAAGAGAAUCAGAACUCAGGUUUAUGAUGGAUGACAUCCAGCUGUGCAAAGACAUUAUGAACCUUAAGAAAGAGCUGCAGAGUUUGGUAGCAAUCCCAGAAAAAGAAAAAACGAAGAUGGAGAAACAAAGAGAGGAUGAACUGAUUCAGAAGAUCCAUAGACUGGUACAAAAAAGAGAUUUUCUUGUUGAUGAUGCAGAGGUGGAGAGAUUACGAGAGAAAGAGGAAGACAAGGAGAUGGCUGAAUUCCUUCGCACCAAGUUAAAACCCUUAGACAAAGCAACACAAUCUCCUACCAGCAGCCCAGCAGAAAAGAAGGCAGAACCUCCUCCAAGCAAGCCCACCAUUGCCAAAGCAGGAUUGGCUAUUAUUAAGGAUUGUUGUGGGGCCACACAGUGCAACAUCAUGUAGCCCUGGGCUCUCUACCGUGUUUGUCUUUUCAGAUGUUUUCAUGGAAUGAAACUGUAGGGUGAGGGGAACUAACAGCAUC